AUGAAUAACUAUUAUAGAUAGGGAGUUGAUAAUUCUUGCAAAGAAAAAUGCGGUUUGGGAAUGUAUAUAAACCAAAAAACAAAUACAUGCGAUAUUUGCUCAGUGUUGGGUUGUGAUUAAUGUCUUUAAAAUUAAAGGUGCAUUAAAUGCACUGAUAAUUUGAAAUUAGAUGAAAAAUCUGGAUGUCUCUUAAAUGAUAAUACAUGCGAUUAAUAAUAAUACUAUUCAUUAUUUUAAAAGUAAUGCUCUUAUUAAUGCAGCAAAAAUGAAAUAAAAGAUUAAAAUACAUAAUUGUGUGUCCCGAUUUAAAAUUGCAACUAUUUCCAAGAAAUGCAAAAAAAGGAUUUUUUCUAAUCGAUUUCAGUACAGACCUUUAUUGAUAACGGAUUUCUAUUAAUGGGGGAUUCUACAUGUUAGUUCUACCUUUACAAUUUAAAUCUUGAGACUGUUUAUUCAAAUUUAUUAGUUUAAAAUCCACUAGAUAAAACAAUUGUUUAUGGUUCAUCAAAUUUUUAUGACAGAAAUGUAGGAGGAUGUUAAACAAAGCAAAAAUUAAUUGGAUUCAAUUUUUUAACUUAUAAAAUAGAAUUCGAAAUAAGUAAUGAAUUUAAUAUUUUUUAUAGUCUUUACUAACUAGAUGUAGAGAAUCAUCUAUUAGUUUUACAGAAGAAUUAAGGAGUAAUUUAUAUAUUUUUUAAUAUAUGA